AUGACGGAUGCUCACACGCAGAGUGGAACGGAGGCGGAGGCUGCUGAGUCAAAGUCUAGCAAGCGGCGAAGGCUUACUGCGGAGCAGCUUGCGCACAAGCGAGAACUUGAUCGUCGGGCCCAGCGCAACAAUCGCGAAAAGACCAGGAGCCGCAUCGCACACCUUGAAAGCAUAGUUGAAGCUUUGCAGGAUCGCGAUCAUGAUAAACUUGUGGUCCAGAUUGAUGAUCAGAAGACGGAGAUCGAGCGAUUGAAGGGCUUGCUGAGCGGCGUCGCCAAUAUCGUCAAGGGCAUCGAUAGCGCCGCCUCAAGUCAGAACGGCAAAAGCGAGUACGUCGAGCACGUCAACGGCGACAAUGAAGAUGCUCCGAAGUGUACUAAGCGACUUUGCAAGUCUCCGGUGAAAGUCGAGGAUGAUGACACUUCAAUGGUCGAGACACCUCAACAGUCUCAGCAGGAUGACAGCAACAAUGGAGCGGAGGUGGCCGCAGCUGCGAAAAGUCCCGUAGAUACAACGACUAUGCAACUCGUCAAUCAGUCGCAGAUUCAGCACGAGUCGAUUACCCAGAUGGCCACCUCGAUCUUCGGCAAUACUGACCUCGAUGGGCGGAUGUGGUACGUUUGUGGAGUGAUCCUUCGAUAUAUUCUCGCGACUACCACACCUGCUCAGAUCGACUACGCACACGAUGAAGACAUUGCGAUCCGAGCUGUGUUCGAGGGCUGGUCUUCGGUCGUCGAGAAGUAUCCCCUCGACCGUGGCUGGCAAUGGCUGAAAGAAGUCGACGAACGGAUCUACUUCCAUCGUUGGGCGCCUUUUCGACUUAUGCAUUUGCGAAAUUGUCGGCUUAUCUUCCUUCGCCAGAUGAUGCUGGGCCACACCAAAGGAGCUAAGGGUCUACCUAAUUUCUUCGCGCCAAGACCAGCAGAGGAGAACAUUGAGCAUGAUCCACUUGUCGAGUACUUCCCGUGGCCAGGUCUGCGCGAACGUAUGCUCUUCCGACCAACGAUGUUUGCUACCAACAAGUUCAUGGACAACUUGCGCUGUGAGAUUGACUUCUCGUGGGGAAGCGAUCCGCACCAGUUAUAUACACUGGAUCCGACUACGAAGACGUACACCUACUCGGACUGGUUCCACAGUCGGAUCAUCGACCUUAGGUGCUAUCCAGGGACAGUAGACUUUUUCGAGAGCUUCCCAGAGCUGAAGGCCGACAUUCCAAUGAAAGAUGGGACCAGUCUGACAAGGCUGCGACUUGGCUAUCGCGACGAAGAGGAGAAGGUAGCGGCAGAGAGGGCGAGGAGGGAAAGCAGAGCGACGGACUGGGGUUUCAGCGACUGA